CCCCAAAGAAGGAUUCGAACUCACAUUUCGAGCUCUCCGCCUCAGGGAGGCCACGGAGAUUGCCAGCAGGCCCCCAAGAAGCCCCCAAGAUGCCCCCAGGACGCAGUAACUAGCCAUUUUAGGUUCAAGAAGGACCCAACACAUUGCCUUCUCUAGCCCAGCCCAGAAGCUCGCACUACCGCAACCACCGUUUUAAUUUUUCACCCAAUAUGCAGUUGCGCGUGGUGGCCAAGAACACAUUCAUCGACGCUGAGUGCACCGAAAGCACACAUGCUGAACCCUGGCGCAUGCCUCGUGUCAGUUCGUGCCCUCCUGGCGCCGCCGAUCGUACGCCCUCCCAGCGGCAGGUGCGCAGCGAGACAUCUUCCGCAGUGUUGCCGCUCACCAGGCUUGACACCAGCGUCGACUAUGAUUUCACGGAGGAAGAUUGCUUGUCUCCCUCGCCUUCGGUGGGGCUCUGCAUUUUCGAUUCCGUCGACGACGUCCCAGCGGGAUACGGGCAGAGAGACGUUGGCGCCAAUGAAGAAGCUGGCCGGCCGCCGCCACAAAGACCUUUUCUGGCACCGCCAUGGUGUAGCACACCUUGGAAGGCCCAUGCAAAGGGUAAGAGGACUGGUUGCCUCGCUGGGUGCUAUCAUAAGCGAUGUGGAACAAACUGUCCGCGCUGUCACGACCCUCGCUGCAGAGUCGUGGCAAACAACAUUCCGUUGCAGGUGCAAGUGGUUGCUUCCAAUUAUCUGAAAUAUCCAUUGGUUACAGAACCUUUUAACUAGGAGAGCGCAUGCGAUGUUUCUUCGUGGAGGACGUCCACACGAUGGCCAGCACACCCAGUGUUGUCGUCAGGAAUAUCCCUCCCCCGUGAGGCCCAUGCACGUGUUGCAUUCUCCGGCAGAGACUUCUGUUUUCCCACAUUAUGAGUGGGUUCUUGUUCUCCAAGAACACUCUCUCCUUCUCCCGCUUCCUCCCCUUAUGACCCUCUUCCUGUUCCCUUUUGUCCCCCUCUCCUCUUUUUCUUUCUUGCAACCGGCUCGGCUCGAGCCGGCUUGAGGCGAAAUUGUGCUACAGACGCGUGAGCACGAGGUUGAGAAAGGCCAUCUUUCGCUUCUUCCGCGUGGAAAAUACAGCGCUAGCAUUCGCCCAGCCACUACCAGCCACUGCACUUAUACACUUGCUGAACUUCACAGAGCGCUCUGCUCAGCCGCUCUGGGAUGGGCUUCCUGACGCGGUGCCGUUCAGAGCUGAUUUUCUGUGUAGGCUUGCAUGUGAUGUCGAUGGCACGGUAUCUCUUCUGGGCAGAUUCUCUUCUGGCCGGAUUCUCUAAGACACUCGUCUUCGACGCCACCGCGGUGGCCGACGCCUUGGAGUAGUCGUCAUCAGUAGUGAGAGGACUGCGUUGUUCCGCAGCGGCGCGGGCUCAAUGAGCCGACAGUCGUCAUUUGCUGCGAGCACGACGCAGGCCUCCCAUUGCACAUUCAGCAGUCGCGUAGUUACGCAGGAGCGUCCUCUCCUCCUUCGAAAA